AUGUCUCCUCAAUCGAUCACAAGCUUUUUCUUUUUCUCUUUCUUUUUCCUUUAUCCCUUUUUUAUUUUCUUAUCUUCCUCUGUUCAUUAUCUUUCUAUCUAUCUAUCUCAGUCUAUUCAUUAUCUAUCUAUCUAUCUAUCUAAGUCUGUUCAUUAUCUAUCUAUCUAUCUAUCUAUCUAUCUAUCUAUCUAUCUAUCUAUCUAUCUCAGUCUGUUCAUUAUCUAUCUAUCUAUCUAUCUAUCUAUCUAUCUAUCUAUUUCAGUCUGUUCAUUAUCUAUCUAUCUAUCUAUCUAUUUCAGUCUGUUCAUUAUUAUCUAUCUAUCUAUCUAUCUAUCUAUCUAUCUAUCUAUCCCAGUAUGUAUCUAUCUAUCCCAGUCUGUUCAUUAUCUAUCUAUCUAUCUAUCUAUUUCUAUCCUGUUCAUUGUUCAUCUAUCUAUCUAUCUAUCUAUCUAUCUAUCUAUCUAUCUAUCUAUCUAUCCAUCUAUCUAUCUAUCUCAGUCUGUUCAUUAUUUAUCUAUCUAUCUAUCUAUCUAUCUAUCUAUAUCUAUCUAUCUAUCUAUCUCAGUCUGUUCAUUAUCUAUCCAUCUAUCUAUCUAUCCAUCCAUCCAUCUAUCUAUCCAUCCAUCUAUCUAUUUCAGCCUGUUCAUUAUCUAUCUAUCUAUCUAUCUAUUUCAGCCUGUUCAUUAUCUAUCUAUCUAUCUAUCUAUCUAUCCAUCUAUCUAUCUAUCUCAGUCUGUUCAUUAUCUAUCUAUCUAUCUAUCUAUCUAUCUAUCUAUCUCAGUCUGUUCAUUAUCUAUCUAUCUAUCUAUCUAUCUCAGUCUGUUCAUUAUCUAUCUAUCUAUCUAUCUAUCUAUCUAUCUAUCUAUCUAUCUAUCUAUCUAUCUAUCUAUCUAUUUCAGCCUGUUCAUUAUCUAUCUAUCUAUCUAUCUAUUUCAGCCUGUUCAUUAUCUAUCUAUCUAUCUAUCUAUUUCAGCCUGUUCAUUAUCUAUCUAUCUAUCUAUCUAUCUAUCUAUCUAUCUAUCUAUCUAUCUAUCUAUCUCAGUCUGUUCAUUAUCUAUCUAUCUAUCUAUCUAUCUAUCUAUCUAUUUCAGCCUGUUCAUUAUCUAUCUAUCUAUCUAUCUAUUUCAGCCUGUUCAUUAUCUAUCUAUCUAUCUAUCUAUCUAUCUAUCUAUCUAUCUAUCUAUCUAUUUCAGCCUGUUCAUUAUCUAUCUAUCUAUCUAUCUAUUUAUUUCAGCCUUCAUCUAUCUAUCUAUCUAUCUAUCUAUCUAUCUAUCUAUCUAUCUAUCUAUCUAUCUCAGUCUGUUUUAUUAUCUAUCUAUCUAUCUAUCUAUCUAUCUAUCUAUCUAUCUAUUUUUCAGCCUGUUCAUUAUCUAUCUAUCUAUCUAUCUAUUUCAGCCUGUUCAUUAUCUAUCUAUCUAUCUAUCUAUCUAUCUAUCUAUCUAUCUCAGUCUGUUCAUUAUCUAUCUAUCUAUCUAUCUAUCUAUCUAUCUAUCUAUCUAUUUCAUUCUGUUAAUAUCUAUCAAUGCAGCUCUUUGCAAUACUUUUUUUUUUAUUCUUUAUUUCUUUGUGUUUUCUCGAAUCCUUCCUUCCUUUGUCCAUUUUCUUUUCGCUCAAUCACCUACUAAGCAAGAUCAAAAAUAUGAAUCUCAUCUGCAACCAUUAGUCGAGGGUCUGGCACACAAAAUACUUUUCACUUCGCCAUCUCCACAUCAUGCCUCCAAACCUAAGUCUCGCCCGCUUUCUGACCUUCUGCAUUUGAAUGUACAGCCUGACCGUUCCCUUAGACAAUUCCUUCUCAGUCGAGCGGCGGCAAAGUUCAUGACCGUUGCGGCUGUCCAUAAUGUAAGCGGCACACUCGCCAUUACGUUACAAUGCUUUUGA